AUGAUAGAGCCAACAGUAUCGACGGAAUUCUGCGCGACCGACCAACAAAUGGAGCGACAGACGUCUUGGCAGUUCCGGGCCUACGUCUAUUUCCAUUCUUUGAUCGCUAUCGCCACUUUCAUUCUCUCUAUAUUUGCCGUCAGAGUACUGGUUUACCGGUCAAUCUUCCCGGCCUCGACCCGAGUUCUGCUAUUUAUCAGCCUUUUUUACUGCAAUUUCCACGAGUGCGUCUUCGGGUACAUUGAGGUGAGGCUUUUUCAAAAAAAAGCUUACAUGAGCACAUUAAAAUGUUCGUAAGUUCUGCGGGGGUUUUUCGGCCGGAAAAAUAUUACAUUAGUUCCGUUUUCCUAUUCGUUUCAGAGUUUAUUCUGUUUCAUAAGGAAUUUUCACCAGCACCAAUCUGCUCUAGGUAUUUUUAAAAGACUAUGCGGGACGGUUGCACUCGACUGAAAACUACUUUCUGGCUGGGCAUAAAAUACUUAAAAAUCUCAGACAAGGAAUAAAACCAUAAAUAUCUAUCUUCCCACGGUUUCUCCUUCUAGAUUUAUGUUCCUACCUUGUAUUUUCCCACCAGUCUUUUUUCAUGAUAGAAAAAAGCUGACGUCGCUAUGUUCCAAAUAAAUCUGGAUCAUGAAAUGCGAAUGAAAUGACAUUAUUUUUCCAGACCUUUUUCUCAUGGACGUUCAGAAAUAAAAAAAAAGCGUCAAGAUAGAAAUGAGGGGGUUUUAAAAAAGGAUACAUGGGUCAGCUCGAGCGAUCCUCAGCCAUACAUCGGCUUGGAGCAGGCAUUAAAUUGCCAUUGAAAUCGUUCGAAAUGGGUUCCAAGAGUUUGAACGCCAGGAACAAAGGCUCAAGGUUCAAGGAAAAGGGAUACAGUACCGGUCACACCACGAGAGAAAAAGUGGGCAGGCGCACUUUCAUAAAUUCUCAUAACUGAGAAAAGUUUGAAAACAUCUCCUUUGCGCUAGACAGGCAAACCGCAAUGGUUUACCAAGGUGACGGGAACCCGACUAGUUCAUUAAGUAUAUCUGGUAAAGAGUACGCGUAAGGAACGAAGAGCUUUUGAACAGCUGGGAAUGAGUCUCACUACGCAAAGCUCGUGAGAUCGGCUCACGCGAUCUGAUAGAUCACGUAUACGCCGAAUUUAAAGUUCAGACCAUAAGGGCAAACAGCUAUAAGCUAUGUGAUCGUUUCUACGUAUUAGGAUAUAAUAAAUAUUUUUACUUCAACAACUACGUUGUCUAGCAAAAAUAUAACAAUAUUUGAACAAGAUUAUUAUCUUUUCCUGUUUUUUUCUGAAAAGUUUGAAAAGAAAAAAUAUUGUUUUCUCUGGGAUCGGUCACGUGGAAAGGAAGGUUUGAGGACAUCUGAUCUUUUUCUUGUCAAUAUAAACUCCAGCGAGCUAUCUAAUAACUAGGUAAGAUAUGAGCCUUUUCGGUGAAAUUGGCAGUGUGGGAACUUUAAAACGCCCGUGUUGCAAAAAUAGAAAGAAGUAAAACAGUGAAAGUUGCAGAUCUCGGCGUUGGUUCGAAGCUACGCUUAUAGCGAUUCUCCGUGUCAGAUUCUGUUCAAACAGUCGGAAUGCUUUCCUGUGAAUCAAACUCUGAUGUUUGCUUACGCUGGAGUUAUAGGAAUACAGAUGGCUUUGAGCUUAGACCGGUAAUUUUUUUUCUAAUAGUUCACAGUAGGGGGAAUUUCGUAAACUCAGUGAAACCGUUAAGCAAAAUGAAAUGAGCUCCUUCAUGAUUAUCUGAUUUGAUUUCAGUUUGGUAUCGACAGUCAUGCCAUCGACCCAUUCAAAACUCAAAUCGACAACUGGUUUCGUCUUGGGAGCUAUCGUGGUGAGACUAAGAGAUAAUUUUGUAAAAGCCCCCAAUUUUCCUUAUUUCUGUUCAUUUGAAUAUACCAAUUGAUUUCAGUUAAUUUGCACGGCUGCCUUGCCAAAAGCCAUAUACAAUGUUUCACCAACUGAGGAUCGUCAAUUGACUUGCCUUUUUUCACCGGCCUCAAUAAGUGAAAGGAUCAACAAACUUCUGAUUGGCUACAUUGGGCUUAUUUUCUCAAAUAUCAUCCUCACAGCCGUCCUAAUUAUGGUCAAUAAGAAGAUGGAGAAGAGGUUUGUAGAAAUGUAGAUUUGAUUUGAGAAAACAGUCAUCAAACAAUUCGGUAAAAUUUUUGAUUUCUUCUGGUUUCAGAACUCGAUUCGACGUGAAGCUGCGUUAUGAGAACCGUGAAACGAUGUUAACAGCCCAGGCCGUGUGCAUAAUAUCGCUUGUCCAGUUCUUUCUGAUGAUGGGCAACUCAACCUCCAUGUUGGUACUGAGGCAGUACCGUCAGGAUCUUCCAAACACCCUUUAUACCAACAUCGUCACUUGGAUCUAUGUCAGUCGAUUCAUAAAUCUUAUUUCAAAUCAAGUUCAUCAUUUUCCAGACGGUUCCAUACACAGUGAUGUGCCUACCUCUUUUCAUCAUCCUUUUCACUUCAUACGUUGGAAAAACGCGAAGGAUAGCUAUCAAAAAUAUUACCGAGAUCCGAAUAACGCAGGACGAGCAUGUUCAAGGACUUCGAGAUUUAUGGAAUAAACAGUGAUUUAUUAAGCUGAUUUGAUUUUGAAGUAAUAAAUAUAUUUGGCUAAGAUUAACUUCAUGGUUCAAAAGAUCAGGAACAUUAUUGCAAAGCGUUCUUUGGAAUGAAUCGAUGACGUUAUCAGAAAGAAAAAAGUCCCACAAGAUUCAAUGAUCGGCCAAACAGCCGUGUUAUUGGACCACCCCUGUGUACACUCGUUGUCGCGAAAAAUCUAGGCAAAAUUUUUAUUUAUAUUUUCAUCUGAUCACUGGUCUGUUGCUUCACAUUGACGAAAAGCAGACUUUCAGUUUCCCAACUUCCUUGUCCUGUUUGUAAUCCUUCUUUUGAGAUAAAAAGGAAGCUUCGUUUCUCUCCAUUCCUACAUCAAAUCCCUAUUUUUCUCUGUUAUUUUUUGUAAUAAAUGUUUUCGAGCUUAUCCCACCUACUCAAUUCCAGAUGGGCCUUCUAACCAAUGGAAGUCCUUUGAGCUGGGACGAAAUGGUCCCAUACAUUGAUUAUAUCAAAGUUUGAACAUUUCUCAAGAAGAAGUUACCUACGAUAUUUUUUCAGAAGCAUGGAAUUUCUCAGUUUAUCAAUUUAUAUCAUAAACUGAAGUCUCGUCAAGGAGAUUGCCUGAAGUGGGGCGAUGAAAUUGAGUACACUAUUGUCAAGUUUGAUCACGAAAAUAAAAAGGUGAAGAUUAUCCUAUUGGAGUAACAAAAUGAGCGUCUCAAAUUUCUCAAAGAGAUGAAUUUCUAAAAAUUUUUGGCUUUUUCGAAAGUCUUAUGUUCUUUUUUUGCCAUAAUUUUCAUUGAUUGAUAUUUCAUCGAGCUAUGUAGGACUGUUCGAAACGGAAGCAGUUUUGAAGUUUAGGUCCGAGUUUCAUGCCGAGCAGAAGAAGUUCUGACUAGACUACUAGCUGCAGAAGAGGUGAAUGCCAUGGUUGGCGCCUCGAAUGGGAGUCUCUGGAGGCCUGAAUUCGGUGCUUUCAUGAUUGAAGGGACACCUGGACAACCUUACGGAGGUUUUAACUCCUAACUCUUUUGGAAAUUUUUUUUUUAAAAAUUCCAUAAAGACAAAACGUGGUUUUAGGUCUUCUUGCGUGCUUCAACGUUGUCGAGGCCAACAUGAGAGAACGUCGGAAGGCAGUUCAACGUUUACUAAAAGAGGUUUUUCCCAAAAAUUUUAUUUGACUAAUCACUUCCAUUUUAGGACGAAUCAAUAAUGUCAAUUUCCUUUCCUUCCCUCGGCGUUCACGAUUUUACCCACCCAUCUUCCAUUCCUGCCUCAAAAUGUACUGGUUCCAUUGGAAAUAGUCUAUUUUGGCCUGAACUAGCCGUUUUCAAUGGCCACCCGAGGUAUUUUUUACCCAAGUAGAUAAAAAUUGCCUUUUUGAAGGUAUAAUAACUUUGUUCGAAACAUCGAAGGUCGGCGUGGGCGGAAAAUUACGAUCAAUGUGCCAAUAUUCAAAGAUAUCAAUACACCGAGCCCAUAUAUUGUGAGUAAAAAGAAUUUAAUUUGAAAUAGAAACUGGUGUGUGGGUUCAGGAAGAUUUAUCGAUGCAUUCUGAAAGACCGGAAGAUUACAAGGACGCUAAACAAGACCAUAUCUUCCUUGAUCAUAUGGGUUUCGGAACCAGUUGCUGUUGUCUUCAGGUCAUUAUUAUAUUCAAAUUAAACCGCUCUAUUGAUGAGCUUCGGACCAUCCCACGUAAUUCAAGAUUCUGAACUUGAAAUUAGAAGAUUUAAUGAUUUUGAGACCUUUAUAUAAUCUAGAUUCUUGCAUUUGUACCGUUUGAGCGUCGACGGCGCCUAAGUAACUUAGCUAUUCUGAUAUUGAUAAUCAGUGAACUGGUUCUAGUGACAUAGCUGUCCUUGUCUGUGAGACAGGUAAAUCGUGGUUUCCCACUUGCAUCAUUUCUUGGUUGGAUCGUGGAUCGAACUUGUCGACUCGAAAUUCAAAAUCUAAACAAACUUCAUUAGACGUCAAAAUUGGUCUGAAUGAUAAACUUUUGAAAACACGGUUAUUACGUGUCCAAAGUUUAAUAAUGACUGAAAUAUCAGGUCUUUUCGGAAUCAGCAAAAAUUCUACGAUUUUUUAAAAAGUUAAAAUGUCAAGUUUCUCACCAACUGUUUCUAGAUUACUUUUCAAGCAGUGAACGUGAACGAAGCCCGUUGGCUUUAUGAUCAACUAACUCCAUUCACACCGAUUCUUCUGGCUUUAUCUGCUGCUACUCCGAUUUUCAGGUCAAAACUAGCUGAUGUCGAUUCUCGUUGGGGUGUUAUCAGUGAGGUAAAUAUAGUCAUAGAAAAACUCUCGAUCCAUACAUUUUCAGAGUGUUGACGACCGAACGCUCGAAGAACUGGGGCUGGAGCCACUGAAAAACUCCAAAUGGAUCAUCGAGAAAAGUGUAGGCUGUUGAGAAUUUUGUGCUUUCCAAAUAAUUUUUCGAUUUUUUUCUUCAGAAACUUUUUUUACAGAGGUACGACAGCACAAAUUGUUACAUCUACCCCUGCUCAACGGCUUAUAACGACAUCCCUUUGAAUUACGAUGAAGAAAUUUAUCAGCAACUCAUCGACGGGGACAUUGACGAGGCUCUGGCGAAACAUGUCGCUCACAUGUUCAUUCGGGAUCCUCAUCAGGUAAAAACUUUCCAGAAUGGCUAUUCGAUGAAUCAAAAUUUCUCAAGGUAUUCCGCGAGCGACUUGAGCAGGACGACGAGAAAGACAGUGAGCACUUCGAGACGAUCCAAUCAUCAACUUGGAUGAACAUGAGGUUCAAACCGCCGCCACCAGACGUCUCGGAGAUUGGAUGGCGCGUGGAGUUCAGACCUACUGAGGUUGGAGAAAAUUUUUUCAAUCAUUUCGUAUUUCUAUUUCCUGCGUUGACGUCUUCGAGUCUGUUAAUAACACCAAAAACCUUCCCAAAACUUCGCAUGCCUAAAACUUUCGUUGAUUGAAAUAGAAAAUUGAAAUCAUCUGUGAAUUAUACUUCAAGUUCAGAUUCAACUGACCGAUUUCGAAAACGCCGCCUACUGCUGUUUCGUCGUCCUUCUCACCAGGUAUACUUCCAACAACUCUUUAGUUGAUUUUUCCAUUUUUAGAGUAAUAAUCUCUUUUCGGUUAACCUACCUAUUACCUAUAUCCAUGGUGAGUGAAAAUAUGAAACGCGCACAGAAGAGGGAUGCAGUAUUGUCACAGAAAUUCUUUUUCAGGUUCGUUUUGUUUCGAGAGCAUUUUUUUCCAAAAUUAGCUUUCCAGGAAAGACCUGGCGACGUGCAGCUCAGCACCGGACAGUUUAGACGAAACGGCCGAAUGUGGAUCACCAAGUUCGGGCGUUGCAGAAAUGACUGUGACGGAAAUAGUAAAUGGUAAAAAUUUAGAAUCUUAUUCAAUUACAAGAUUCUUAAAUUCUUCUUCUUCAUGACCUUUGAAUAAUCACUGCUUUCCAGGAAAAGAAAAUGAAUUUCCUGGCUUGAUAAACCUGAUUUUUCAAUACUUGGACGAUGCUGAAGUCGAUGUGGACACACGUUGUACAAUAACACAGUAUUUGAAUUUCAUUUCGGUCGGAUGAAUACCCAAAAACUUGGAAUGAAACUUUUUUCAGAAAAGAGCGUCUGGGGAGAUUCCAACUCUGGCUAAGUGGAUUAGAAACUUUGUCGGAAAGCAUCCAAAAUAUAACCACGACAGUGAGGUUUGCGACGAAAUCAUCUAUGACCUACUGAAAACGGUAACUCUUAAGAAAAUAGUUUUUUUUUAAGAACUUGCUUUUUAGAUGGAUGACAUUUCGAAUGAAAAGGAACAUUGCGAGAAGCUGCUGGGAAGUUUCCGAUCGAAAACCGUCCCGAUGAUCCCGAGAUCGAUUCUUAAAGCUGAAGAAGACCUUGUCAUCCAAGUCUUGAAAAGAAUGUGCUGA